AGUUAUCUACCCUGACUUCCCUGUAGUAUUUGCUGUAUAAAAGUGAAAAACCAUUUGUUUCCCUUCCUUUCGCAUCAAGAUGGCUUCUCAACUUCCCUCAAUGAUGAUCGUCUCUAUCUUUUCUUUGCUUCUGCUUCUACCUUUAUUCGCUUCAGGCGAUACAUGUCUUGGACCAACAGUCACUCCUCAAGUGUACACAACUCCUGAGGCAACAACUUCCUCAGAAACCAUUUUCAUUGUACAGUUCUCACUGACUUGUAAAAAUGACUUGACAAACAUUAAUCUGUAUGCUGACAUUAAUGGUAAACCAGUUCCUGCUACGAAAACCACUAUAGCUAACCAAUAUCAGGUAACAUUUAGUGACAGUCAUAGCCAGCUUCCAGCAGGUACAUAUGUGGCUAAAUUCUAUGAUGAAGAAGGUUACUCUGCUCUAAGAAAGGCUCAGAGAAAUAAUGAGGACAUUGAGAGUAUUAAACCAAUCUUCACCAUUGAUAUUGACCAUCGCGGUGUUUGGAAAGGUGCCUACAUUCAAAGUGAAUUUGUGGCUGCUGUGGUUGCCAUUCUUGUGUGGUACUUUGCUUACAAUGCCAAAAGUCAGCUCCAUGUCCCUAAUUAGCUUCAGAAAAUAAAAUUUUGUAUGAAAAAUUAAAA